AUGAGCGAGCAAGAAAAGGUCACAGAAGCAGCAUUGCGUGUUUGCUGGACACUUAACAAACACCAGAAACCAUUUUCAGAUUCUGAAAUAGUGAAAGAAUGCAUGUUGGAAGUGGUCCAGGCCUUAUUUGAAGAGGAAAAAGAUGGUGCCGCUGCAAUUCAAAGUAUUCCACUGUUGACCAGAAGUAAUACAAGAAGAACUGAAAUUUUAGCUAAUGAUAUCAAAAGAAUUUUGCUCGAACUUCUUCAAAAAGCACCUUGCUAUGCUAUAGCACUUGACGAAUCAUGUGAUAUUCUUGAUGAUGAACAAAUGUCUAUUUUCGUCAGAUUUUUUGACCUUGAAAAUAAAGUGUUCAGGAAAGAAUUGCUAGCAAUAUUGCCGUUGAAAGGUAACACUCGAGGAGAAGAUUUAUUCAAGACAUUUGAUGAAUUCAUCACAGAAUCCAACUUGAGUUAUGAUAAAAUGGUAUCGAUUUCAACCGACGGUGCCCCAGCGAUGAUUGGCAAAGAAAAAGGAUUAGUUAAGCGAAUCCGGGAUAAGAAUGCAGGUAUUAUAUCUUAUCAGUGCAUAAUUCGCCAAACAGCCCUUUGUGGAAAACUUUGUGCUACAAUGAAAGAAGUGAUGGACAACGUCAGGGCACGUCUGGAGUUGGUGCUGGACGUGACAGCAUGCGGGACACCAACGGCUGAACGCUGA